AUGGUGGCAAUUUCUGGCGUAACCCCGGCUGUGGCCGGCACCAGUGCUUCCUCCGAGCCAUCAGAGAGGAUCUCUUUCGCAAACCAGGCCGAGUUGAUUCUCACUCUGGUGGGCUACGCUGUCGGCGUGGGAAAUGUCUGGCGCUUUCCGUACCUGACGUACACGUAUGGUGGAGGGGCCUUCCUGAUUCCCUACGGUCUCAGCUUGCUUCUGCUGGGCAUUCCACUCUUCGUGCUGGAACUGGGCCUUGGGCAGCUGACUCGACGUGGAACGCUGGGAAUGUGGACCAAGCUUGGCUUGCCACGAUGGCAGGGGGUCGGCCUCGCAGCGAUGAUGUGCACCUAUCUGGUGGGUUUGUACUACAUUGUCAUCCUUGCUUGGACAAUCUUCUACCUGGGCAGGACUGUGGCUGCCUUGCCAUCGGGACAUCUGCCAUGGAGCGAUGUGGCUCCCGGGGUCACUUGCCCUACGAAGGAUCUCUACCUGCACCAGACAGUCGCGGACAGCGACUACCUGGUUGACAGCAUCACAGGUUUGCUGAAUUCCAGCUUUAUUGCGAGCACAUGGUGCCCGGCGAAAUCCGGCGACCAGCCGCCUGCGGAGUACGUGCUGAAGACGCUACAGCCCACGAGGUGUCCAGCACGAAUGGCGAAGAUCUUCUGGGAAGAGCAAGCCUUGAAUCAAAGCAGCGGAUUGGACGAGCUCGGAGGCUUGAACCCCGGUCUGGUGGUGUCCCUGACCAUUGCUUGGUUGGUGAUUUGGCUGAUUGUUUUCAAGGGCGUGAAGUCCUCUGGCAAGGUUGUGUAUGUCACAGCCACGCUGCCGUAUAUCUGCUUGGGCAUUUUCUUGGUCCGCGCACUGACGUUGCCAAACGCCUUUGUUGGCCUGAAGUUCCUAUUCGAAGCUGACUUUAGCCAUCUCGCAGACCCGCAAGUCUGGAUCCACGGUGCUGUGCAGAUCUUCUUUUCCUUGGGCGUGGGCUACGGGUCCAUUGUCGCUUUCGGUUCCUAUGGAAGCAAGAGCGGGAACUUUGUCCGAGAUGCCACUUCUGUUGCGAUCACCAACUGUGGCACCUCAGUCCUGGCCGCUUGUGUGGUGUUUCCUGUUCUGGGGUUUCUCGCUCAAGAGUUGCACGAGACGGACCCGUGCAUCUCCGCGGACAGCCUGGAUAGCUUGAAGAGCAUUGGCUUGUCGGGAACAGGACUUGCCUUUGUCGCUUUUCCAAUUGCAGUGUCACAGAUGCCCGGUAGCUUCUUUUUCGCUAUACUCUUCUUUUUUAUGAUGUUGCUGCUGGGCAUCGACUCGCAGUUUGCAUACAUCGAAACAUUAGCCACCGUUCUGGCUGAUGCCGGAUGGGGGGAGCGACUCCCGCGUCCAGCUCUGGCAGGAUUGAUCUGCUUCGUCUCCUAUCUGAUUGGGCUGAUCUUCGUCUCCAGAGCGGGGAUCUAUUUCCUGGAUCUGCCCG